AUGGUCCCUGGCGCGCUCACACCGCCUGGAUCGGCACGCUCGUCGUGCGGUGGAAGAUCGCCCCCAAUUCGACAGCCAGGGCGUCAUGAUCCAGGAGGAGCGCCGCCGAAUCUGUGGCAAGCACGGCGUGGAGCCCCACUUCUGCGAUUGCGUCCACGACGCCAUCUCCAGCGUCAUCGCGUGCCUCCGCAAGGUCUGGUAACUGGAUCUUUGCGAGCUUCGAAUUCGCGGAUGGAUUGGAGUACCUCUCCUCGGGGAUGCCAGCGAGUUCCAGCGGCGUUUUGGAGAAUCUCUUCACGCCGUCCAUGCAAGAAAGCGCUCAAGGGGUUCCUGCAAGCGCUUGGCGGAAUGCGCGAUUGGAUUCGGCCGCAUGGUGUAAGACUCGAUCUUUGGGUCCGUCCAACAACAUCUGGCACGCUCGCUCGCUCCACUGAUGGUCUCAUCGACGCCAUCAUGGCUUCCACGACAAGUUACGAUACCAGAAAUCUUCGAGCGAACACACAGGAACACAUAAAGAAAGCAAUCACCCAAACAAUCUGGCGAGCAAAGACGCAAGAACACAUCAAGAAAAAAACCACCCAUGCAAGAACCCAGUUUUAUUCACGCUAUUUGCAGGCUCAGAUCUCCAGUUCCAGCUCUUCCAGAUGGAUUCCUCCGUGCACUCUCGCUUUGUUAUCUGUUUAGAAGCAAACACGAGGUUUGUAUACAGACAAAAAGUUGUAAGAGUUAACCUCUUUCGAGUUUUCGUUGAAUCCCGCAAA